GUGACACAUGUUUACUACAACAAGCUCCAAAGACGAAUAUGUGUAUUUAGAAACUUGUAUUAGCUUACAGGAAGAGCGACGCUGCUCUUCCUGAUUUCAACAUAUUCAUCAUAACAAGCAACGUUUCAAACGCGAGCAGAAUAUAGCGGACACGUUUCCACAAACAAGACUCCAAAGCUCCAAAGACCAAUCCGGUAUGUUUAAACAUUGUAAUGAAAUACUAAACAAAGAGGCGGUCACGAGGACAGCUACGUAUUCUCUUCCUGCUUUCAACAGCUGCCGUAACUACGACAACCACAGACUCAUCCGGAUGAAAGUCGCCAGUUAACAGGGUCGCCUGAUAAACCGUAACACCGGUCGGUGGGCGGUGAUAGUUGAUUUCAGACUCAGUCAGACUCAGUGUUGCAGAUCUGGAGCCACCGUGACAACACGAUGAAACUGAGCGGAGAAACGUUGCAGAUGAAGCCUGUCCGCCUCAUAGCAGCGGUCUGCAGUGAUAUGGGCAUCGGGAAGGACGGAGCAUUACCCUGGCGUCUACCAUGUGAAUUCCAGAACUUUAUGAACCACGUCACCAGGGUGUCGAGACCAGGAAAGAUGAACUUGUUGGUCUGGGGCAAACUGAGCUGGUACUCGCUCCCAAAAACUAACUUCCCACUGGCCAAUACUCUGCAUGCGGUGCUGAGCACCACAAUGGACACGGUUCCAGAUCACGCCCACUUCUUGUGUCAAGACUUAGACAGUGCUGCCCGUUUGGCUGCACAGCCCCCCCUCGCUGACCUGAUUGAGACCAUCUGGGUUCUUGGUGGGAAGCAGGUCUACAAGGAUGCACUGGAGCACCCGUGGUGUGACUUGAUUUACCUGACGGAUGUCAUGGCGGACUUUGACUGCGACGUUUUCUUCCCUGAGUUUGACAGAGGACUCUUUCAAGAACAAGAAGGAUAUCCUAAUGUACCGAGUGGAAUUCAAGAGGAGAACGGCAUUAAGUACAAAUUCCAAGUAUUCAAGAAAUUGAUAGGUGAUGCGGUGUAGACAACUAAUAGAGGAAAUCAACAGAAUUUCAAAAAACACUCAUUCCUUGGAAACCUUUCCAGAUGUAUUGCAGAGUCCACUCCUGGAUAGACUGUAGAGACUACUGCCAAAACCCAAACCCACAGUGGGUCAUUAUAUUUUUUUUAUAAAUUCAAAGAAGUCUUUGUAAUAAUAAUCAUUGAGCAUUCCAGUGUAAAUGACCUUUAUACUCUUUGUAAUCCCUGAAAAACUUGAAACUUUUAACAGUUUUUUCUAUAUGUGUAUUCACUGUUCUUCCAUCACUGCUGCCUGGUAGGAUACUAUGAUCCGUUCUGGUAUUAAAAACAUGACCACCCUCUGCUGUCACCUUGUCAGCGUUCACAUCUCGUCCUCCUCCUCAGUAAUAUUGCAGCUGCACAGAGAAUAUGCUCGUCAGUGAGUCUGUCAGCAGCCCACGUCGAUGACAGCCUGCGCUCAGCAGAUCUGCUCCUUUCUGAGCACAACAUGACAGAUGCCAGUUUAGAAAGCUACAGGUGAACUGUCCUACUUUGGUUCUAUGAUGACUGUUAUGUAGAAAAAUAUGAAGACAUUUUUACUGCUUGUAAUUGGUUGUGGUUCAAAAUUGAAAGACAUAUAUAUUGAUGAAGGUUUUUACUGUGCAGUCUUUUGUGAAUCUAGGAGGUUUUUCAUGAAAAUAAAUCAAUGGUGAAUUUUUAAUG